CGUGCUAUCAUGCUAUCGUGAUAUCGGAAUUAUACCAUCUCUUCACCAUGUCGUUCUGCAAGUUCCUCUCUCACCCCUUCUCGCGGUCCAAGUCCAAGACCAAUCGAGCAGAACAUCAGCAACACUACACCCCCAACACCACAGCAAACACCUCAAGAAGCCAACCCAUCUCCUCCACCACCAAAGUAAACAAUAGCACCCCUCAAAAUGCCCCCAGCCCAUGGUCCCCCCCAGCCUACACCACGACCGUAUCCUCCCCCCCACCCACAACAACAACAGACCACUCGCCCUACGCCUUCCUCUCCGAAUUCGACACCGUCUUCAUCGUCGACGACAGCAGCAGCAUGGCCGGCUCCCGCUGGAAAGAAGCCGAAUCCGCCAUCGCGACCAUCGCCCCAAUCUGCACCCACCACGACCAAGACGGCAUCGACAUCUACUUCCUCAACCACCGGCGCUCCAACCGCAACAACCCCGCCGGCGGCUACACGAACAUCACGACCGCCGACGACGUGCGCGAGAUCUUCCACAGCGUGCACCCGCAAGGCCUCACGCCCUUCGGAACCCGCCUGCACGACCUGCUCCGGCCUUACCUGCGCCGCGUCGAGUCCGACACGCAGCGCGUCAAGCCGCUGAAUAUCAUCGCCAUCACGGACGGGGAGUUCACCGACGAUGCGGAGAGCGUGCUUAUAGAUGCGGCGAGGCGGCUGGAUGCUUGCGCGGCUGUGCCGUGGCAGGUGGGCGUGCAGUUCUUCCAGGUGGGGGAUGAUAAAGCGGCGAGGCUGUAUCUGCAGGCGCUGGAUGAUGAUCUUGUGCGGCUGUCGAAGCAGGAUCGGCUGAGGGAUAUUGUGGAUACGGUGCCUUGGCGGGGGGGAGGUCGGUCUGGGGGGACGCUCAGUGCGGAGGGGAUUCUGAAGUGUGUGCUGGGAGCGGUUAAUCGGAAGUUUGAUCAGCGAGAGGUUUGGUAGUUUUUUAAUUCAUUUGAUUUAUGAUGGUCUUUUUGGUUUAUUUUGAUUUGUUUAUUUGGUUUUAUGGUGGAUUUGAUUUGGGUGUUUUGGUUGGUUUUUGGAAUAAUUACAGAUGGUGUUGGUGGAUCUCAACCAGGUUUGAUCAAUAGGAAUUUAAUCAGGGGAAAUUGAAUAGUUGACAUCAAU